CACAGCUCAGUUACUUCAGUAUCAUCCGAGGCCAGAGCAGGAGAGCUGUGUGUGUAUUGGAUGUGACACCGGCUGGACGGCGACCUCCUGAAACAGAAGAUAUCUGGACACCGAUUUGACAUGAGCAGGUUGCCUUGACAUGGACACAGAGAUGAUUCCCAAAUUUUCAUCAAAGGAUGAGGAAGUUGAUUACUGGAAGUCCCAAGCCCUCAAAUAUAAGAAAAGUUGCUAUGAUGCCCAGGAGGAGCUGCAGGAGUUCCAGGAAGGCAGUCGGGAGCUGGAAGCUGAGUUGGAGGCACAGCUCGGCCAGGCCGAACACCGACUUCGCGACCUCCAAGCUGAAAAUGAGAGACUGAAGAACGACGUGUCCAACCUCAAGGAGAAGCUGGAGCAUCAGUACGCCCAGAGUUAUAAACAGAUAUCUGUGCUAGAGGAUGAUCUGGGCCAGACACGCAGCAUAAAGGAGCAGCUCCACAAAUACGUCAGAGAGCUUGAGCAGGCCAACGAUGACCUGGAGAGAGCCAAAAGGGCAACAAUAGUGUCUCUGGAGGAUUUUGAGGGCCGUUUAAACCAGGCCAUAGAGAGAAACGCCUUCCUGGAGAGUGAGCUGGAUGAGAAGGAAUCUCUUCUAGUAUCCGUGCAGCGGCUAAAAGAUGAAGCACGAGAUCUGAGACAGGAGCUGGCAGUACGGGAGCGGACUACAGACAGGAUGUCUGCACCCAGCUCACCUACCUUAGACAUCGACAAGAUGGAUUCUGCAGUACAGGCCUCUUUAUCCCUCCCAGCCACGCCUGUAGGGAAGGGCAUAGAGCACCCCUUCAUCAGCUCAAAAGCAUUGACCAAUGGCUGCACCAACUCGUCCCUCACUCCUUCUGCUAGAAUCUCAGCUCUUAAUAUUGUAGGUGAUCUCCUGAGGAAAGUUGGGGCUUUGGAGUCCAAAAUCGCUGCCUGUAGGAACUUUGCCAAAGACCAGGCAGCAAGAAAAAAUUACUCCACAGACAACGGCAAACUCAUCAACAGCAACGCAACAAAGUUCUCUCACUCUCUACAUACCACUUACUUUGACAAAACGACUGUAAACGGACUGGACCCGAGCUCCUUGACCACCAUGGCCACAUCCAGAGCUGUGUCUCCACCAGGCAUGCUGCCUCUGAGUGUAUGAGGUGUCCCCACCCCUCAUUAACCUCUACUGAAAUCCCCAGCACAAUGUGGGAACUGAGAGGACACUUGAAAGACCGUUACAUUGUGUGUAUUUGUGUGUGUGAGAGAAAGAGCUUGAAAGGAAGAGUGAUAGGUGUGUGUUUGGGAUUGUGCAUUUUUUGAAUGUGUGGAAGAGAGGCUCGACUAUACGAUGAUCUUGCCUCGAGUUAGCAGCUCUAAAUGCAUCUGUGAGUAGGUACACAGUCAGGUGUGCAUAUGGUCCUACCACAUACUUGCAUGUGCCUGAAGCUGUACUGUGCUUGUAUGAAUGUUGUUGCAAAUGCGUUGCUCUCUUGAUGUCAACUCUAAAGUGGCACCUUUAUAUUAGUUCCACUGAAACUACUAUCUCUGACAAAAGGUCCUCAACAGACCACAGCUUCCUCUCAACCUUCAUUUCCUUCUGUAUUUUCACUUACAUUGCACAGUUAAGCUCAUUUCAAUCUAGAAUGUAUUAUAUUUAAAAAGGGAUGUGUUCAUAUUCUUUAAUUUAUCUCAUAGUAUGCUUUAAAAUGCAAUAUUUCCUAUUUGCUAUUUUCUUGCAUGUGUGAAAAUGUGAUAUGGGGUAGGAGAGGUAUAGUUGGACCCCAUAUUCAUGACUGAAGUGAAUGUUGAUCGUUCAAAGCCAUGUAGCCAUAGCACAGUCGUUCCUCUUGUUACUGGCUACUUGCUGUAAUUAAUUUGGAAGUAGUCUCCAUGUUAAAGCUUGGAAAUAUCAGCUGGUUCUGUUCUCUGGGUUAAACCUGCACUUAAACAAGCUGCUCCUCACAGGUUGUGCUGUAGUCAAGUUUUUCUCUGUGGACACACAUUGGCAUUUUGAGGGAACAGUUUUGCCUUUUUUUUUUUUUUUAAAAGUGUUAAAUGUUUAGUUUUACUUUUUAUAAAUUUUGUGACAGGCUCAUUUACCUCAUUCUGAUAUAGUGGCAAUUAUUCUCAGUGGUUUUGUAAUAGGAUUAUGUUAAUUUGGCUUUGUCAAACUCACAUGAAAGGCUACUCAAAACAAAAUGAAACUUAAGUCGAGGAUUUUUUUUUUUUUUAACUGUGUUCAUUUUGGCUGGUGUAUGAAUUCAUGGUCCAUUGUGGCCUUUGUGUCAUGAAGCAUAUUUUGAUGAUUGUCUGCCAUUGUGUGAAUUUAUUGUUAAUUUGACAUGAUUCUUGGAUUUUUAAUGCAUUUAUUUUACAUGCCAGAAUUUUGUCUAAAUCCAUUUUGCCUACGUAUUUCUCCCUCCCAAAGAGCUUUGUCACCAUACUGAAGCAUAAUUUGAAGCCUUUAGAAUUAAUCUUUAUCUUAUAAUACUGUAUGAGAUGUCAUUUUGGGCACUCUAUGAGCCUGUCACUAAAGUGUGUUCUACAGUCAGUGUAUAUAGCUUGUAAGGAUGGUAAUUUUUCAUACCACAUUUGUACAUACUGACAUUUAACAUUAAGGUCUUAUUUAUUUCAGAUUCUGUAUGGCAUGUUCAGAUAAUAAAUGGUUAAAGCCAUUGUAUUAUGAUAUAAAAUGGUCAAAAUUGUUUAAGUAAAUAAAGAUUGAGAUGAUAAAUA